AUGGACUACGUCCCCCACGCCGCUCUCCUUCUCCUCACCCUCGUUCUUGUCUCCGUAGCGAGAUACCUGAUUCACAUCCUUUCCGCACGUUCCGUCCUUCGACGCGUUCCAGGUCCAUCCCCCUCCUCGUUCCUGUGGGGUGAGGAGUGGGAUCUCUUCCAUACAUCUCCUGGCUCGCGUUACCUCUCCUGGCACAAGCAUUUCGGCAAGGUCCACCAAAUCAUCUCUAUCACGGACCCUCGCGCCAUAUCGUUCAUCAUCUCGGAGAAGACGUACAGCUUCCCCAAGCCGCACGGUGUUCGCGAAUGGUUCAAGGCAACUCAGGGCAAGGGCAUCAUCUGGGUCGAGGGCAAGGAAGCUCACGAGCAGCAAAGGCGUCUCAUCGCGCCCGCACUCAGUCAACAAACCGUCCGCGCCGUCGUGCCCGUUUUCUACGACAUCUCGGCCAAGCUAUGCUCCCAAUGGGCGAAGAUCAUCGACGCCUCACCCACUGGCGCCGCCGAAAUAGAGGUCACCUUCUGGGCUGGCCGUUUCGCCCUCGACGCCGUCGCGCGCGCCGCCUUCGACUACGACCUCGACUGCCUCGCCGGUACGCCCCACGCGCUCGCCGAGUCCCUCGACGGCCUCACGAACAACGAGGCCAAUGCGUCGUCGUUCUACAUGCGUGCCUUGUUCUGGCUUUUCCCGUCUAUUCUUAUGAUCGGGGAGAAGGGGCGGAUGAUCCGGCGCUCGAAGGCGGAGCUGGGCGCGAUUGCGAGCAAGAUGUGGCGGGAUGCGCGGGCGGGAGGGGAUUCGCAUGGGAGGAAUUUGAUUGCGACGAUGCUCAAAGUCGCGGAGGCGUCGGGGAGUCAGUUGAGGGAGGACCAGGUCAUUGACCAGAUGCGCACGACUAUCUCGGCGGGGUACGAGACGGUGUCGGCGAUUGUGGCAUGGAUUCUCUAUGAGAUCGCCGUCCACCCCGACCUCCAGAGGAAACUCCGCGAAGAGGUAGAACACGCGGGCGAGCCCUCUCUCGACGAACUCAAUGUCAAAUACCGUCUACUCGACGCCACGCUGAAGGAGACCUUGCGCAUGCACCCAGCCAUCUUGGAGAACCAUCACGAGGCAUCAGAAACAAUUUCCAUCCCCCUCUCCUCCCCACUGCCCGACACCGAGGACAGCCAGCUCGUCGUACCCAAGGGCACCCUUAUCGCCAUCCCGCUCAACGUCUUGCAAACCGAUCCUGCGGUCUUCGGCGACGACGCGGACGUGUUCCGUGCGGAGCGCUGGCUGGAGCGCGCGGAGAAGGGCGUGCGCCACAAAAGGGAGUUGUUUGCCUUUGGCGAGGGUCCGCGCUCAUGCUUGGGCCGCGCGAUGGCGAUGGCGGAGAUCAAGGCGCUCGUCAUCACUAUCCUCAAGCAAUACUCGCUCGAGUGCCACCACGAUAUCGAGGCGUUCCAGAGCUUCGUCAUCCGGCCUCGAGUUGUUGGCGAAGGGCCGAGCUCUUUGCCGUUGCUCGUGCGCAAGUUGUAG